AUGGCGGUCUUGGCCUACACAUUUAGCAAGAAAAAUAGGCAAAAACACCUUGCCCUUUGUAAGACUUACAACAGUAGCACGCACCUUUUUUUACCCCAGAAAUACUGCAAGAAACCUACCUUGCACUCUGCUGUGACCAGGAUCCAAGUUCAAAGACCUGGUUUCAAUUACACGUUUGCCCAUAUAUGUAUCCUGAACAAUGACAAGACAUGCAUAGUGGACGACAUAGUGCAUGUACUGGAGGAAUUAAAGGCUGCUCGUUCUUCUAAUCGAACUAAUUUUGCAAUCACAUAUCCAAUUACUCACUUAAAGGAUGGCAGGGAAGUGUAUAACGGGCAUCAGCUUGGUGGGGUUACUGUGCACAGCAAAGACCGGGUGAAGUCUGCAGAAGCCAUUCAGCUCACCUACUACUUGCAGGCAAUCAACUCCUUGAAUGACAUGGUGGCAGAAAAGUGGGAAUCCAUUUUUUGUGACACUGUUGAACUUUUCCAGAAAUCCAACAGGAAAGUCAAAAUGUAUCCUUUCACUUCUUCUUCGCUGAAGGAGGAUUUCCAGAAGACUAGCAGGGUGUCAGAACGCUACCUGGUCACAAGCUUGGUCCUUGUGGUCACCUUGGCUGUUCUCUGCUGCUCCAUGCAGGAUUGUGUCCGCAGCAAACCCUGGCUUGGCCUGCUGGGAUUGCUGACUGUGACCCUUGCCACUCUGACUGCAGCUGGAAUCAUCAAUCUCACUGGUGGGAAAUACAAUUCCACCUUCCUGGGAAUCCCCUUCAUCAUGUUAGGUCAUGGGUUAUAUGGGACAUUUGAAAUGUUGUCCUCCUGGAGAAAAACUAGAGAAGACCAACAUGUUAAAGAGAGAACUGCAGCCGUAUUUGCAGACUCCAUGCUCUCGUUUUCUCUCACCACUGCCAUGUACCUGGUCACUUUUGGAAUAGGGGCCAGUCCCUUCACUAACAUUGAAGCAGCCAGGAUUUUCUGCUGCAAUUCCUGUAUUGCAAUUUUCUUCAACUACCUCUAUGUACUCUCCUUUUAUGGUUCCAGCCUGGUGUUUACUGGCUACAUAGAAAACAACUACCAGCAUAGUAUCUUCUGUAGAAAGGUACCAAAGCCAGAGGUAUUGCAAGAGAAGCCUGCAUGGUAUAGGUUUCUUCUGACAGCCAAAUUCAGUGAGGACACAACGGAUUCAGAGGAAACAAACACUUACGAAAGUCAUCUUUUGGUGUGGUUCCUUAAACGCUAUUAUUGUGACUGGAUAACAAACACUUACGUCAAGCCUUUUGUAGUUCUCUUUUACCUGGUUUAUAUUUCCUUUGCCUUAAUGGGCUACCUGCAGGUCAGUGAAGGGUCAGACCUUAGUAACAUCGUAGCAACUGCAACACGAACCAUUGAGUAUACUACUGCCCAGCAAAAGUAUUUCAGUAACUACAGCCCGGUCAUUGGGUUUUAUAUCUAUGAGUCAAUAGAGUACUGGAACACCAGUGUUCAAGAGGAUGUGCUAGAGUAUACCAAGGGGUUUGUGAGGAUAUCUUGGUUUGAAAGCUACUUAAAUUAUCUUAGGAAACUCAACAUAUCUACUGGAUUGCCCAAGAAAAAUUUCACUGAUAUGUUGAGGAACUCUUUCCUGAAAGCCCCUCAAUUUGCCCAUUUUACAGAGGAUAUCAUCUUUUCCAAGAAAUACAACAACGAAGUCGAUGUAGUGGCCUCCAGGAUGUUCUUGGUGGCCAAGACAAUGGAAACCAAGAGGGAAGAACUUUAUGACCUCCUGGAAACCCUGAGGAAGCUCUCUCUCACCUCCAAGGUGAAAUUCAUUGUUUUCAAUCCAUCAUUUGUGUACAUGGAUCGUUACGCCUCUUCAGUGGGAGCCCCCUUACAAAACUCCUGCAUCAGUGCUUUAUUUCUGCUCUUCUUCUCUGCAUUCCUGGUGGCAGAUUCUCUGAUCAAUGUCUGGCUCACUCUAACUGUUGCCUCAGUUGAGUUUGGAGUUAUAGGUUUUAUGACCUUGUGGAAAGUGGAACUAGAUUGUAUUUCUGUGUUGUGCUUAAUUUACGGAAUUAAUUAUACAAUUGACAACUGUGCUCCACUGUUAUCAACCUUUGUCCUGGGCAAAGAGUUCACAAGAACUAAAUGGGUGAAAAAUGCCCUGGAAGUGCAUGGGGUAGCUAUUUUGCAGAGCUACCUCUGCUAUAUUGUUGGUCUGAUUCCUCUUGCAGCUGUGCCUUCAAAUCUGACCCGUACACUGUUCAGGUGCUUGUUUUUAAUAGCAUUAGUCACCUUCUUUCACUGCUUUGCCAUUUUACCUGUGAUACUGACUUUCCUGCCACCAUCCAAGAAGAAGAGGAAAGAGAAGAAGAAUCCUGAAAACCGUGAGGAAAUAGAGUGUGUUGAAAUGGUGGAUAUGGAUAGCACCCGAGUGGUUGACCAAAUCACAACAGUCUAACUUGUUUGUUUGCUGUUUAUUACACGAGGUCUUACUGAGAGAAAAAGAAAUCAGUAUUGGCUAAAUGUUUGGGGAGGGGAAGAGGUUUAGGGGGGUUUCACCUUCUAAGCUAAAUCCAGGAAUACUCAAAAUGAUGGGAGGAAGGAAGAAAAAAUCCAGGGCGGGGGAUUGUUCCUUGGUUGGCUCCCUUAGCAGGUAUUAUGAGAGAAUUUGCACACGCAUGCAAAGAGAGGGUGAACUUUAGAGGCAUGAAUUAAGAUCUAAUGAGCAAAGUUGGGUUACUAAGCAGCAUUCUGCGUUGUCUGUACUGCAGGUAGUGCAAUUACUGUUGCUAAACCCGAUCAGAUCGAAAGGUCAACUGUCAAGGCUGGAGUAGCACUAAGUGUUCGCUGGAUGUAAAGGCUUUACAAACUUUCUGCACAGCAAUAACUCAAGUCAGUGAGUCAGCUCUUAUAGGUCUUAGCCAUCACAUUUAAUUUUUCUUUUCUCCCCUAAUCUAAACAUUUAUGCAAGACUGUAUAACAGCAAACUGUACUGGGAAAGAAGGCAGUAUGCAGCAACCAAACACUUUCAAAACACUUUUAUGUUAUAAAUCACCUUAUUUUUCCUAGAAAUAUCAUUAUUUUAAAAUGUAAAUCAUCCCCUAGAACAUUUUUAAUCAUGGUUUUAUAGCUGUUUGUUUUUCUUAUAAAAACAAAAAGAACAAAAAAAAAGAACAAAAAAAAUCCCAGUGACUCUGUCACUCUAGAAAAUAUAUAAUUCUAUUUUAUAAGUGUCUCACUAGUAGUUAAACAAGUAAUUUGCUUUACGAACUGUAAUUUUGCUAGCACUCUACUAGCACAUGCCAGUGGAUCUAGCAGCAGACAGAAGAUGGUGUACUGAAUAUUUCAGCACCAAAAUCCAUGACACAAACCUCAAAUACUUAAAUGUCAUCAAGGGAGUGAAUGUUAGGGCUCUUUAAUAAGAGUCUAUUUCAGGCCAUUCACUGGUAAUGGACACUAAGAGGAUUAGUGGGUAGUUUUGCGUAAUGUAUAACUUUUACUUAAUCCCUCAAUCUUCCUAGAGUACCUGUAAAGCAAUAGACCUUACAGCUAUGGGCUCUUCCAAGAGACAGUAGACAUAUGACAGUAGAGUGUCAUAUGUAACAAACUGAAGGAAGGGACCGCAAUUUAACAAGUUUAGCUAUGCCCCCAAAGAGCCUAUAUCAACGGGAUCUAUUGAAAGCAUUACAUUAGAGGGAAAGAAAAAAUUAAAAAGAUUACCUUACUGAAUCUUUUUGGAGCUGUGAGUUCUUAUUCAAUGAUUGUGUCAGCAUCUGUGAUGUGGAGUAAUGCAGACGAAGAAGCAUCUCUUUUCUCCUCCACCCUCUCCAUCCUCAAGAACUACAGACUGCAUUCUGGGAAGGCUUUAUUAUGAGGCAGAGCCCCAAUGAGGAUGCAUAAGCCAAUUGUACUGAUCUUGCUGAGAGUAUUCCAAUUAUGUGUCACCCACUAAAAUCCAGCCGCGGGAAGCUAGCUCGUGUGUCAGGUGUUCUAUUGAACAUAUGGCUAUUUCAACCAGACUCCUUCUUACAGCUUGUCCAGAAAGUAGGAGUUCUUGAAAAGUUUUCAGCAGUUGGCACAGUGUUUGCCUCAUUCACAGUAUAUGAAGGUCUAAUGGAUAUUGCAGGAGCCAUGUAGCUCAGCCCAGUGAGAGUGCUUUGGCUCAGGAGGCUGCCUGAGUUACAUGGACAGUGUUUAGUGCAUCUGUGAUAGCAAACCUGGGCUAUGCUGCAUCCUGUGAAACCUCCCUUUAGCAUCAAUUCCAAGUGAGCCCCAGAUGCACUGUGCAAAAUCCUCAAAUGCCACCUUGUGAAUGUUAAUUUUCAAGAAAAGGAUACUACCAAAGCUUCUUCCCUAGCAGAAAAUAAGAUAGCCAGAUAUUUUGCCCUCAAGCAAAACGUUACAUACCGACUAGCAAAACAAGUUUGCAAUGCAGCUGCCAACAUUUGCUUACCCCAGAUAGCUCUCUUCCCUUUCCAGAGGAGAAAAAAUUUUGUAUCCAGGAAUGCAGGGGCUCUUUGCUUGAACAACAUCAAAUGGAGUACCAGCUGAGGAGCUACAACAACUUGGCAGAAAUCAGAUGGACACCCUCAAGACAGUCAAAUGAAUGAGAGCUGAGGGAAAAGAUCUGUUUCCCCUGUUUGCUUUAGACUCGGGCAUAGGGCUACAUUUUUGCAGCCAGAAAUAAUUCCUCAAAUAUAUGUUCCAUUGCAGACUUUCUGUGACAGUCAUUAGGU